AUGAAGUUCAACAGCGCCCUCGCUCUCUCCUCUCUCCUGGUGCUCGCCGUGGCCCAGGACACCAACUCCACCUCCACUGCCAGCGCUGCCACCGCGACUGCCAGUCUCACUGCUCAGGCCAAGUGCGCCGAGUCCUGCGCCUCGAGCGACAUCUGCUGCAUUGCCAAGUGCUACAAUGUCCCGUGCCCCAACGACUCCCAGGCCAACGACACCACCAGCUGCGUUGCCGCCUGCCCCCAAGGUAACGGGUCCACCAGCGACACCGACGCCUACGCCAGCUGCCAGAGCCGUUGCGUGAGCAGCUACUUCUGGUCCAGCGCUACUGCCACCGCCGGCUCCUCCGCCAGCACCGCCAGCUCCAACGAUGGUACCACCACAACCGGCAGCGGCAGCAAGUCCUCCUCCACCGGUUCCAGCAAGUCCGGCUCCUCGGACUCGACCAGCACCGCCACCAGCACCGGCGCCUCCUCCAGCGAGACCUCCAACUCGGCCGCCAUCACUCAGCUGAAGAUGGGUGUCUCCACCGUCGGUCUCUUGGGCUUCGUGCUCGCCGCCUGGGCCCUGUAA